AGUUGGGCUGCUUUCGAAAGAAGAACGGUGCGUUUUAGAUGUAUCCAUACGUGGUCGUAUCGGUCGUAAGUUAGUAGUUACACAUGCGGACACAGCGGAUAGUGCUGAUUGCCGAAGGAGAAUUAUGCUUAGGCGCCGUUACCGUUAAAAGGGUUAAAACUAAAAUCGAACUGUCCUCUCCCUCUCUGCAGCGAAACAUCCAUGGCUUCUGCCACUUGCCCGCUUCUUUACCUCUCGAGUCCCACUCACUUAUCUGAUAUUUCCUGUCAGGCGCUCACCAAGUUCAAACCGCCUCUUGCCUCUGUAACUCCUUCUUUCCACCAAUCAUGGCGUUUCCCACCAAAUCCAACGUCUUGCAGGAGAAAAUGGAGCACCCGGACUCGGAGCGUUACGGUUCCGCGUGCGUACGUGACGGGUCCUGCGUCGGACGCGAUGUUGAGCGAGCCGGACCCGAAGAUCGAUGAUGCGGUGGGCAGGAGCGUCCAGGUGAAGUCCCCGGAUUUGAUAAGUCGGGAGCUUCUGUGGAGUUUGUUGCUUAAGCACAAAUUGAAGCUGGGGAUUUCUACUUUGACUCUAAUUGGUUGCACUACUUGUACUCUCUCCAUGCCCAUAUUUUCUGGGAGGUUUUUUGAAGUACUAAUAGGAGUGAGACCGGAGCCUUUGUGGAGGCUGCUUAGUAAGAUUGGACUUCUCUAUGCAUUGGAGCCAGUUUUCACAGUAAUCUUUGUGAUAACUUUGAACACUACGUGGGAGAAGGUCAUGUCAACACUAAGAGCUCACGUUUUUAGGCGGAUGCUUGUGCAGAAGGUGGAAUUUUUUGACAGAUACAAGGUUGGUGAACUUAGUGGUCUGAUAACAUCUGACUUGGGGGCUCUCAAAAAUAUUGUCAGUGAGAACAUUUCAAGGGAUCGUGGAUUUCGGGCACUUUCCGAGGUGAUUGGGACAAUAUGCAUACUAUUCACCUUAGCGCCCCGACUUGCGCCAAUUCUGGGCCUACUGAUGCUUACUGUUUCCGUGUGUGUUGCUGUAUACAAGAGAUCGACUGUGCCUGUGUUUAAAGCUCAUGGACAGGCUCAAGCGUCGAUAUCUGAUAGUGUAACAGAAACAUUUUCUGCUAUUCGUACUGUCAGAUCAUUUGGUGGUGAGAAAAGGCAGAUGUCUAUGUUUGGCAGCCUGGUUCUUGCAUAUCAGAGUAGUGGCAUAAAGCUCGGGACCUUCAAAUCUGUGAAUGAAUCAUUGACUAGAGUUGCUAUAUAUAUUUCUUUGUUGGCUCUAUAUUGCCUCGGAGGAAGCAAAGUGAAGGCAGGGGAACUUUCUGUUGGAACUAUGGCUUCUUUUAUAGGAUACACAUUCACAUUAACCUUUGCUGUUCAAGGUCUGGUCAACACAUUUGGAGACCUCCGUGGAACUCUUUCCGCUAUUGAGAGGAUUAAUUCUGCUUUCUCUGGUGUUGAAGUUGAUGAUGCCCUUGCUUAUGGUUUAGAAAAAGACAUCAAGGAACAAGAUGUGAAUGAUGACAAAAUUAGAUUGUUUUUUGUCGAUGGUUAUGAUGGGAGAAAUCAAAAUUUGAAUACGCACUACAUGUCAGCCCUGAAAUCAUCUAGUAAUAUUCGUAGGUUAGCCUGGUCUGGCAACGUUCAUCUUGAAGAUGUGCAUUUUUCUUAUCCUUUGAGACCUGAUGUGGAAAUCCUGAAUGGUCUUGAUUUGACAAUAAAUUCUGGAACUGUGACUGCUCUUGUGGGGCCAAGUGGUUCAGGCAAGAGUACAAUAGUACAGCUGCUUGCACGUUUUUAUGAGCCAAUCAAAGGUCGUUUAACAAUUGCUGGAGAAGAUGUCCGAACAUUUGAUAAGAGUGAAUGGGCCAGGGUUGUCUCCAUAGUUAAUCAAGAGCCUGUUCUCUUUUCAAUUUCUGUGGGUGAAAAUAUUGCAUAUGGGCUUCCAGAUGAUUAUGUCUCCAAGGAUGACAUUAUAAAGGCAGCCAAAGCAGCAAAUGCUCAUGAAUUUAUUCUUUCACUACCACAGGGUUACGACACCCUAGUUGGUGAGCGUGGGGGCCUCCUAAGUGGAGGACAGAGGCAGAGAAUCGCUAUAGCAAGAGCCCUGCUAAAGAAUGCCCCGAUCCUAAUUCUUGAUGAGGCCACCAGUGCAUUGGAUUCAGUCAGUGAGCGCCUGGUCCAGGAUGCUCUGAGCCAUCUAAUGAAGGGCAGGACAACAUUAGUGAUUGCUCAUAGAUUAAGCACAGUUCAAAAUGCACACCAAAUUGCCGUUUGUUUUGAUGGGAAGAUCAAAGAACUCGGCACACAUUUUGAGUUACUAGAAAGGAAGGGUCUAUAUGAUUCACUGGUUGGCACACAAAGGCUUGCAUUCGAGUGAGUUUGAAUUUACGGAACUGCUGUUCUAAAUAAACACAGAGUCGCACUCUGAUACAUGCAAUUAUUUGCAGUUGAAAUCAAACUGUUGCUAUGGGUUACCAAAGGUAAAGAAUUGGGGAGAUGGAAACAAGGCAGAUUCCUGUUUUUCCCCUUGGUCGUUUAUUCGAUUUUAGAUAUACAUGUACCUUGGCUGGUUGUGGGAGCUGAAAUUUGCCGCAGCGCCAUGUAAAUGUUUUGAGAACUGAAACUCUGGUUUUUAAGAAGAUUUGACGGAGGAGAUUACAGCAUUCAGAUUGGCGAGGCAUUCAGUAGGAAGUCUGAGGAAAGAAUUCAUGAUGAUAUCAUCAAUAGGAUCUACGGUUGCCACCCCAACCAAUCUGC